AUGGAGGUGACGACUGGAGUGGCCGGGCUUGUCAUUUUUGCCAUCGAUGCGGCCUUUAAGCUGACGAAUCUGGUCAAUGAAAUCCGAGACGCGCCCGACGAUAUUCGCGAUCUGGGGUCGAACCUCAUAUCCCUUGCAACGAUUUUGAACAGCACAAAGACAUUGUGCUCGCUGGACGAGUUUAAAGACGUCGAUGAGCUGCUGUCGGAAACUCUGAUGAGCUGCGUGAAACAGUGCGAGGAUGCCAGCAGCAGCCUGUACGAUGAGCUGAGCGCCUUCAAGCCUCGCACGCCGACGACACCUGGCGUGUUAGAGAGGCGGAGUUUGCGACAAAAGGUGCACUGGUCCUGGCGGCAAAAGUCGAGGCAGGCUCUUAAAACGAGACUGUUUGAUUCUAGAGACAACCUGAACAUGGCCAUCACCGUCCUCAAUGGUACGGUGGCCGGCAAAGGGUACCAUGCGAUUCGCAUGGACAUUGCCGAGCUCAACAUGAAGUUGGACCGGGGCGCGAGCCCUCUGAGCCGUGCUACCCGGCAGCGCUUUCGCGACAAGCUAGAAGACGAUCUGAGAAGCGUGACGAGUGAUAGUCAGGUCGUAAGCGUAGCGGGCAGGACAGAUAUGAAUUUCGGGAUCCGCAACUACUUUGAUCGCCUAGAGGUCGCCACGAUCCCAGCGGCUCCUCCGCCUAUUGACUCGCUUCCAGAGCAGGCCGGCAGUGCUGCAGACACGGAAGAAGCUGUCGGUAACGGGUCUGCGCGCGCGCCAAAAACACUCUUAGAAGCUGUGACGUCUGGAGACCGAGCCGCCGUGGAGUAUGUGCUGUCCCAGGACGCUGGCCUGAACCAGCGAUCACCAGAAGGCCAGACUGUGUUGCACAUUUGCGUCUCGUACGACGACAGGGAAACGGCAGACAUUCUCAUCAAGCAUGACACGAGCAUCAUCAACAGGAAGAACUCUCGCAGCGAGACCCCUUUCCAGUUCGCCUUGCUAGAGCAGUCCUGGAACGUAGCUGGCCUUCUCAUCGAGCGGGGCUGCUCCAUGGGCCAGUUCGCCACGGAAUUCUUCACUUGGCUGCCGCAGCAUGUGAUGGAUCUGGAUUCCGUGCAGCCCGUCAUCUGGGCUUGCGCAAAGCGACUGGGGAGCGGCAUCGGCUCGACACCGCUUCUGCAUCGAGCUAUCGAGCGUGGUGACACACGGUCUCUCGAGAUUCUACUACAGCAGGGGCUCAACCCUGAUCUUCCCGAGGCGGACACAGGGUUGCGGCCGAUCCAGGUCGCCGUGGUGCUGGAGCAGCGGGAGCACGCCAGGCUCUUGAUCGAACACGGCGCCGCGCUCAACAGGUUUAUCCCGGCGACGAUCGCCACGGACAAAAUUCAACCACAGCACGAGCGCGAAUACCACAGCCGGUGCCGCGCGCUGUUGUAUGACGCCUCGCUUCUGCAGAUCUCCAUCCUGUUCAACAGGGACGAUACACCAGCCAUGAUGCAGCUCCUCCUGGACAACGGGGAGGAUCCGGACUCCAAGGUGGGAGGGACCGCCAACCUCCUCACGCACCUCUAUCUCGAGUCCCAGUGGGUCUACGCCCAGGCCAUCAUACGCGCGGGCGGCGACGUCAAUGGGCGUGGUCCAGACGGCUCGACGACGAUGCACUGGGCGGCGCACAUGAACAACGCGCCCCUCAUCAAGAUGCUGCGAGACUACGGCGCCGACGUCAACGCCAGGCAUCCGGGCAAGGACGACUCAACACCCCUCAUGCUCGCUGUGCAACACAGAGCGAGGGCGGCGGUCAUGACACUGCUCGACGCAGGGGCGAAUGCCAGAAUGACAGACGUGUGGGGUGCCACGGCACUCGGAAACGCGGAACAUCUGAAGUCGGAUCCAGAGUGGGCAACUACCCUGUCGGCACUGAGAAAGGCAACCAUGCAGUCAGCCAAGACGAAGCCGCUCUUCGUUCUUGUCAGCGGUGAGGAACGGGAGACAUCGAACCCAAAAGGAUGGUGA